UGUUACAUUUCUUUCGCUUUCAUUGUGGAUUUCGGUGCGCGACUGAUGAGAACACGUAAAAUAGUGAUCGAAAAUCGAAUCGCUGUAUAUUGAAUUGAGGGCAAGUAAAGUUUUGCAGAUAAUGGUGAAAAUAUUCGCAUUAGUAUACAACUAAAAUUAAAUGCAACUAAUGCAUUGGAAAGUGUUAAAUUGAUUGUCAAUAAAUCUGAUUAGGGUGAAGUUGGGUGUUGCACGCGCAAAGCAAAAUAUAAAAGAAAAAAUAAAGAAAAAAAACUUAGAAGAGGGGUGAAAAUCGCAAAGCGGAAAGUUUUCGAGCUGUCGGUGGAAGAAGAAAAAGGCAAAGUAGUGAACGAGAAAAAAAAACGCGAAAACAAAAAAGUACGAAUUAAAAGCAAAAAUUGUAAUUUAAGUAAAAGUAAACGUCAAUUAAAUAGAAAAAUUUCUCGGUGUUUGUUUUAAUUGGAAUGCUAUAGGCGUUGACAAUUGGAAUAUAAGAAAUAAGUAUUAUCAAUUGAUGUAAAAAACGAAAGAAGAAAGUUCUAAUAAUUUGUCGUCAGAAAUGGGUACAAAAGAGCAAACGUCUGGUGAAGUGAAUGUUAAGCCUGCUUCUGGCACAGCAACCGCCAAUCAUACAAACGUUAACACAACAAAUGAUACGCUACAACAACAGCAGCAACAUCAACAUGUACAACUACCAAAAGCCUCGGCAGCACCGCAAGUGAUCAUUGUGCCUGCAGCGCCAACAACAACUGCAGCCGCAACUAAUACCGCCAAGAAGAUAAGGCGAGCUUUCUCCAUGCCACGAAACCCCUUCCGGUGGUCGCGCAAAUUUAAAACGUCCAACUCGACUACAGACAAUGUCAGUACUGCUGGUGGCAGUAAUUCUGCGAUAUCAUCGUGUGUUGGUGGGGGUCGUGGGCGCGCCGGUAGUAUCGUUUCGUUAAGUAGCUACGAAGCCGUUUGUAAGGAUACCAAUGGUGUUGGUGGUGGUGGUGGUGUUAACGCCACUGCUAGUGGUGGCGGAGGAAGCGCGACAAACGAAGUUAGCACAGAUGGCAGUAUCAAAAGAGAUAAUAUUCGCAAAGUUGCAGAUCACAAAAUAGUAAAUGGCAAACCAGUUUCCGGUGGAAAUGAGGGCAACAGCAACAAUGCUGCCGCCAAUUCAAAUCGUGUUCUAAGACGUUCAUCAUUCAGAAAAUUUCUAAAUCGUAUUGCACAGCAUGUUAGCACGUCAAUUAAUGUUGGGAAAGAAAGUUCAGCGCAUAAAACAGCGGGAAUAGUGCCUUUCUAUACAGCUUGCUGGCGCAGAAAAAAGGCGAAUAAAAGCGCUGCCGCCGUAUCGUUAUCCGCAACCGCCGAUCGCGUGCCACCCAUCGGCAAUUACCAGUGGCCGGCCGAUCAGACACCUGGCGUUAUGGGACUAAAAAAUCAUGGCAAUACAUGUUUUAUGAAUGCUGUGCUGCAGUGUCUCAGUCACACUGACAUACUGGCCGAAUAUUUCGUUUUGGAUCAGUAUAAGGCCGAUUUAAAGCGUCGCAACAAAAUCAAUUCACGCAAAUUUGGCACUAAAGGUGAACUAACCGAACAGUUGGCCAAUGUGCUAAAGGCGUUGUGGACAUGCAAGAAUGAGAGUGAUCACAGCACCAGUUUUAAGGCUGUUGUCGAUCGUUAUGGUUCACAAUUUCGUAGCUCAACACAACAUGAUGCUCAAGAAUUUCUAUUUUGGCUGUUGGAUAAGGUGCAUGAGGACCUCAAUACGGCUACAAAACGGCGUUAUAAAAGUGUAAAGAACUCCUACGGUCGUCCCGAUGAGGUAAUCGCCGCCGAAACAUUAGCCAAUCACAUACGCUGCAACAAUUCAUUCGUGCAAGCGGUAUUCCAAGCACAAUUCCGUUCGUCGCUCACAUGUCCACGCUGUAAAAAGCAAUCCAACACAUUCGAUCCGUUCCAUUGCAUUUCGGUGCAAUUACCACAAUUGAUGCAGCAAACGAUAUUCGUGACCGUCGUCUAUUUGAAACGAGAGCCACGUCAAGUGAAAAUCGGUCUUAGUGUGCCUACUGGUUCGCCCAUUGUUGCACUACGCGAACAAUUGCAGGCUGAUGCUGGCAUACCGGGCAAGCGCAUGGUGCUAGUGGACAUUAGUAAAGAGGGUUUCACGCGCGUUUUUUACGAUUCACAGCCGGUGGCAACACUAUGCGGCAACGAGACGAUUUAUUGCAUUGAGGUACCGGAAAUAAGGCCCGUCUCUACGACAACGACAGCAACAGAAACGGCGUCAUUAGCAGCAGGUGAUAGUGAAAAGAAUACUGCUACAGAAAAUACCAGCAACAAAAAUAACGCCAAGUCCAAUUCAUCGACAGAAGCAAAUGCUAGAACAACGGAAGCCAGCAAAAACAGUUCGUCCGGCAACACUGCCAACACCACCGUUACAAGUGGUGCCAAGGCCACGAACGCACCAACUACUGCCAGCACUCCCACAGAGCUAAUUUUGUUGGUUGCGAAUGUGCGGAAGCGGAAAAUCGAAGAUGCACCUGUUGAAACUGAAACAACAGAAGAGAAAGAGACCACGCCGCCGUCAUAUACCGUGGAGCGUUUUGGUAUGCCAUUUAGCUUGGUGACAGUACGUGAUUGCUCAUAUGCCGAUUUACAAAAGCGUCUCAUAAAGGAAAUGACGCCAUUGCUGAAACCGGAAGUUAUGAGCCAAACAACACCGUACAACGAUCUGUUUCAAAUGCGUCUUCAAGAUCCCUCUGCUGAUCCAGAUACAUACCUACAGAAUGUUGAACAUCCGCUGUUAACGGAGAUGAUCGAUUUAGCCUUAUCCGUACUCUCUACAGAGGCUGGACCGCCGCAUAUAAAACUCUUGUUAGAGUGGACCGAGCCGGAAACGCACUUUCUGGAUCUCAGUGAUAAUGUGGUGGAAGAUGAAAGUGUUGCGCGUUUGCUUGAUGUAGGAAAAGCGAAAACGGGAAAAGAUACUGCAGCACUUACUUUAGAACAAUGUCUAGAACACUACACCAAAGCGGAAACAUUGAGUGCCGAAGAUGCUUGGCGCUGUCCGCACUGUCAGCAAUAUUUACCGGUUGUGAAGACGCUCGGUUUGUGGUCGUUGCCCGACAUUUUAGUCGUGCAUUUCAAACGUUUCCGUCAGCAUCACGAAAAGGGCGCCAAUGCAGCCAAACUCACCACUAUGGUGAAAUUCCCACUGAAUGCAUUCGAUAUGUCACCCCAUUUAGCACGAGGUGGUGAAGAAGAAACUGGGCCACGCGCAUCGCUUACGGCUGCGGCAGCUAUGGAUAUGGGUCAACAUGCCCGGCCGAGUCCAUGGAAAAAGACCCGUUCGGCCGACUCACGUUCUUCCACACUGAGUUCACGUGACAACAGAGAGACCCGUUACGAUUUGUAUGCGGUAUGCUAUCAUCAAGGUGAUACGCUCGAAACAGGCCAUUAUACGGCCGCAUGUAAGAACCCCUACGAUAGGCAGUGGUACAAGUUUGAUGAUCAGCGGGUGUCCAAGGUAUCCAACGAAUCGAUCGAGGAGGAGAUUAUCAAUAAUGAGGCUUAUAUGUUAUUCUAUCAACGUCGCAGUGGAGACGCUGCUGAAUAUUCCGGUUCUAGCUCGAAUUCAGGCGAUCACUGGGUUUCUCGAAUUGCACCACCACCCGUAACGGCGGUUGAGAAGGUUAACGCCUCGAAGGAGAAACUCAUUGAAGAGGAGAUAAUUGAGGAACGAAAGAGUGUUGCAAUCGCCGCAAAUGCAGCCACAAUCGAGCCAAUACUAAGCAAACCGGAAGCAACGUCAAGUGAUGUACCCAAAUUGAAGGAAGAAACCAAUGAAAAGGAGAUUGUUGUUGAAGUACAAAUAGAAACGCCGCCAAUGGUUGUGAAUACAGAAAAGAUAUCCGUCGAUAUCGACACGCUAGAAUUUGUUGAUUCCGAAUCUGUUGCUGUUGAGGAGGAUCAUGCAGCUUUGGUGAAGAUUGAAGUUAGUGCAUUGCCAGCUAUUGACACAUUGACACCAAAUAAGAAAAAAGAAGAUGAAAACAACAGUGUUGGCGACAAUCAGAUCUUCGUUAUGGACGAAGACUGUCAAAUUGAAGAAAGCCAACCGUCGGCAAACCAAAUACCAACUACCGCAGCAGUUGCCAAAUCACAAAAAUCGCUCUCAACAGUAGCCAAAACGUUGGCAGUCUCAACAUCGAAGGCAUUAACUGCCGCUUCCACCACCACAACAGCAAUUGCGCCUAUUGUGAGCGCAACAAAUACAGUAUUAACUAACGGCCACUCUAUAGAAUACUCCAAAACGCCAAAUCAAACUACGAUUAAUACACAACCAAUCGUAAACGGUAAACCAAAGAGUCCACAGGCAACGACCACUGCCUUGGGAACAACGCAAACUCCAGGCGGUAUCAAUGGCAGCCGCAUAAGAAAUGGUUCAACUUCCUCUUCCAGUUCUUCUAUAUCGUCACACUCCUCGCCACACUCGCUCGCUGUGUCCAUACAUGGCGCAUCGACGUUACAAAACAAGUUCAACGGCUUCACUACCACUUCGGCUGCAUCAAGCAAUAACUACAAGGAAGUAUUGCUUUCUAGUAGUCUAAAAAGCAAUAGUAGCAGUAUUAUAAGCGCCGCUGUGGCAGCGCAUACAGCACACGAAUUCCAUUUAACACGCCACCAGCCGUGGAACGGAAGUCGAUCCAGUGUCUCGGCUUUGGAGAACUGCACACAGACAAAUAAUCAUCAGCAUAUGCAUGGUCUUAAUUUGAGACAUUCAUUCUCGACCAGUUCCAAUUGCAAAUUACGCGAAUGUAGUGAAACGCUUUCAUCGAUGUUACGAAAUUCAAGCAAUACCUGCAGUAAAGACACGUUGAUAUUUAUUGACCAACAAAAUCAUCAUCAUCAUCAUCACAAUCACCAUAGUUUAAUUGAAGACGAUGACGACUCAUUUAUGGGCAGUCGAUCGCUUUGGAUUUCUCCAGUAACGCCACACAAAUUAAUAACGGUGUCGCCCAAAAAUUAAGAUGACUAAGUCCAGUAUGAUAUUUAGUGAUCGGAACAAACCACGAAAAGUAUAUCCAAAAUGUGGAUAUAUGAGUUACUUGUUGGUCUAAGCUAAAGCAAAUGAGGAUUUUUUAGCGUUUUUGCUAUUGUAACCAUGUUAAAUGGUUUAAUAAGAUUAAAAAUUAUUUUCUAAUAUCAAGCAUAUAGUGACCAAAUUUAUAUAAAUCAUAUAUACAAGUAUGUUUGUAAUUGUUUGGACCUUCAUAGUCUUUUAAGAUGACAUUUAGUUACGUAUAAAAACAAAUGUCGUCGUGUAUGUAUACGACGCUUAGAGGCAAAAAAAAAUGAAAAAUUCAAUAAAAAAAGAUUAACGAAUGAAUUAGCAAUAGAAAUUUACAAAUCAUACUUGAUAAAUACCAAUGGAGCUGCUAUACAUAAAUUAUUGUAUGUAAUAUAUAUGUAAGUGUUGAUUAUGGGCUUAAAAAGUUGAAAGUUAUAGGCGAAACUGGCUAAUUUAUUGAUUGUUGGUACAUUUUACAUUCGAAUUGAAAAGUAAGAAAGUGCUGUGCAAAAACAAUGACAGUUUGCUAUAUACAUAUGUAUUAAAAACAUAACUUGUCGAAAUAGGUAGUAAAAAGUAAAAAAAAUUGCGCAUAUAUAUACAUGAAAAUAUAUAUGUAGCUGAAAGCAAGUAAAUGAAGUAGAACACAAUGAAAGCGUAUGCAUAUAAAGAAACACGUGAUCAUGUUAAUUAUUUGGAAAUACGUUUAUAUUUAUAUAAAUAAAUACAAUAUUAUUUAGUGCUUUAAGCAAAGUAUGAAAGUAAAAAUACAUACAUAUAAUUUACUACGUUUGAAUUAAUAAUAUUUUAUGAAAAAGCCGGGUACAAGUUAAUUGAAACAAUAUCAUUACAAUGGAAUGGUGGAUGCUUUGCCGACUUAUUUUUUCGUUAUUAUUGUUUCAACGAAGAUAAGAUUUUGAAAUGUAGUUUUUUUUCUAAAAACAAAAACGCGAAAAAAGAGAAGAAAUUGAUCCGUCGUAAUUAGAUUAACCACUUGAACGAACCUAGGGCAUUUUCGAUGUGCCGUGCUACUAAACAUUUACAUACGCUCGACCAUUUCAUUCCCCAAAUUUAGUUAAGCCGAACUAUAGCUGAAUCUGUAUAUAUUAAAUUUUUCAUUUUUUACUUGAAUCAUGUAUAACUUUUAUAUACAUACAUAUAUAAUAUUUUUUGAAUUUUAAAAGAAAAACACUAUGAAAAAUAUUAACUAAGGAAGAUAAAAAACCAAAAAUGAAUGCUUAUAUGAAUGCUAUGUUUUUACUUCAUAUUAAAUUUUACUAUUCGAUUCAAAGAAUUAAUUUUUGGUGAAAUUUUUUUUUUUUACUCAAUAUGACGCAAAUAUGCAUUCAUGUUUGUAAGAACGAAACGAAAAAAUGUAUAUUGAUUAUACAUAUAUAUAUAUAUGUAUACGUAAUUUAACAACUUGCAAUAAGCUAAAAACCAAAUGUAAUA